CACCAAUCUACAUUCAUCAAUUGAGAAUCAAGAUUUCACCUUCAGUUCUUCUUCCUCUCUCUCUCUCUCUCGCUACAAAGCCAGGAACUCGGGGAAACAGAUCAAGAAAACCAAGAAACUGGGUUUUGUUUUCUUGGGAAAAUGAAUUUGGAAAAAGAAGGUUUGGGUUUGAGUCUAAGCUUGAAUUUCCCAGCAGAAAACUGGAUUUCUUCCAGUUCUAAUACUUCACUCCAGCUGAAUCUCAUGCCUUCAUUGAUCUCAUCUUCUCCUUCUUGGCCUUCCUCUGAUCGAGAAACCAGGACGUUUCUGAAGGGUAUUGACGUUAACCGCCUGCCUACGGCGGCGGACCUGGAAGAGGAGGCCGGAGUGUCUUCACCGAACAGCACAAUCUCGAGUGUGAGUGGGAAACGAAGCGAAAGAGAACCCACGGGCAUCGAUGAGCAUGAACUCGAGAGGGAUUGCUCUCGAGGCAUCAGCGAUGAGGAAGAUGGUGAUGGAUCUCGGAAAAAGCUCAGGCUUUCGAAAGACCAAUCCGCCAUUCUUGAAGAGAGCUUCAAAGAACACAACACUCUGAAUCCCAAGCAAAAGCUGGCUUUGUCCAAGAGAUUGGGGCUAAGGCCCAGGCAGGUGGAAGUGUGGUUUCAGAACAGGAGGGCAAGAACAAAAUUGAAGCAAACUGAAGUCGACUGUGAGUUCUUGAAGAGUUGUUGUGAGAAUUUGACACAAGAGAACAGAAGGUUACAGAAGGAAGUGCAAGAACUGAGGGCACUUAAACUGUCACCACAAUUCUACAUGCAAAUGACCCCUCCAACAACCCUCACCAUGUGCCCUUCAUGUGAGCGUGUUGCGGUCCCAUCAGCCCCGUCAUCGACGACCCAAUUAGCCACAUCGGUCGAGCCUUUACCGUGCCAUGUAGGUCCUGUUCGAUCCCGUCCAAUCACGUUCAAUCCGUGGGCUGCUGCCAUUCCACACCGCUCGCCAUUCGAUGCCCUACGUACUCGACAAUGAUGGGUCGAGCCUCUAUCGUGCCAUGUAGGCCUUAUUCAGUCUUGUCGAAUAGAGCUCUAUGAUAUUUAUUUGAAGGGUUUGUAACUUGUUUCAUCGACCCAUCUUCUUUUGUUGACAAUACUAGACUAGUUUCCAGUACUUAGUUUCUCAAUACUAGAUUAUUGGUGGCAAAGAGAAUUUUAAGAUGUAAAUUGUUCUCAAUUGGUAAAAUUAUUUGUUGAUGCUUCAAAAUAUAAUUAAUAACCA